AUGAUUUUCGACAAAGCAGACCAACAUGCCCCGGCACCUCAACCUACACCGCGCCGUCGCCGGAUCGUGGUAGCCAUGACCGGGGCCACUGGAUCCAUCCUGGGAAUCAAGUGUCUCAUCGCCCUCCGCCGACUAAACAUUGAGACCCACCUGGUUAUGAGUAAAUGGGCCGAAGCCACAAUCAAAUACGAGACCGACUAUCACCCGGCGAACGUCAAAGCCCUCGCCGACCACGUCCACAACAUCAAUGAUAUGGCAGCGCCAAUUUCCAGCGGCUCCUUCAAAGCCGAUGGCAUGAUCGUCGUCCCAUGCAGUAUGAAAACCCUUGCCGCGAUUCACAGCGGCUAUGGAGAAGAUUUGAUUUCGCGCACGGCAGAUGUCAUGCUCAAAGAGCGACGCCGUCUGGUACUUGUCGCUCGGGAGACCCCACUGAGUGAUAUUCAUCUGCGCAAUAUGUUGGAAAUCACCCGCAGCGGGGCGAUUAUCUUCCCUCCCGUGCCGGCCUACUAUAUCCGAGCUGCCACGGUCGAUGAUCUAGUGGACCAGAGCGUGGGGCGCAUGCUGGACUUGUUCGAUUUGGACACGGGGGAUUUUGCGCGAUGGGAGGGAUGGUCGACGGAGAAAUAA